AUGAAGUCAACAGGUUAUAUUUAUAACUCAGCUGUAAAGGUCAAAGCCAAGAGGGGCAGAGGGAGAAACGAGAGCUCCUGUAAUCACCUGGCACUGCAGCGGAGACGCUCGUAACCUCCUGCUGCUGCAGGUAACAGCGGGAGCCAGCCUGCUGAGUUCACAGCGUAUUUUUUCAUUUUUACCAUGGUUAUGUUCUGCAUUUCCCAUACCCCUCUCUGCUUCACAUUGCUUGCCUAUGCUUUUACUGUGCUCUGUUACACUUUGCUGUGCUUUUACUAUGGGGAAACCUUUUUAAUAAGGCUUAGUUUACUGUGUUUUGUCUUUUUAAUAUGCUUUACUAUUACUUUUAUAAGGGGAAAGUUCAUUAGAAAGUGUUUGCAAUUCAAUAAUCCAGGCAGAGUGGACAGUAGCUUUUAAAAUGAAAACCGCAGCGCUGGAUUAAGGAAUCAUUACCCACACCAGAGGCACGACUCAUGUAGAAAACACUCGAAAAUAAAAAAAAAAUCUUUUGGCACACACACACGUGUAAAACAAACCAACAACAACGUUGGGCCAAUCACAGCUGAGCACAGCAGAGACCCCCGCCCUGCUGUGAUUGGUCAGGAGAGGGAGGGGUACGUUUCCAGUCCAGAACUUUCUGCAGUUUGUCAGCCUCCCUUUAAAUAGAAUCCCCUGACCGGGGGUAUAAAGCCAGCGCCAGACGACCCCCACCGGCUGCUGCAGUUCUGUGGUGAGGAGAGCUGUGUGUGUUUCAGAGUCUCCUGUCUCGAUUGCUCCAGUUCUGUGGUGAGGAGAGCUGUGUGUGUUUCAGAGUCUCCUGUCUCGAUUGCUCCAGUUCUGUGGUGAGGAGAGCUGUGCGGGUUUCAGAGUCUCCUGAAUCGUUUGCUCCAGUUCUGUGGUGAGGAGAGCUGUGCAGGUUUCAGAGUCUCCUGUCUCGAUUGCUCCAGUUCUGUGGUGAGGAGAGCUGUGCGGGUUUCAGAGUCUCCUGUCUCGAUUGCUCCAGUUCUGUGCCACACAGACACUUUGACGAAGCCAGCAUGUCUAAGGGGCCGGCCGUUGGUAUCGACCUGGGGACCACCUACUCCUGCGUGGGGAUCUUCCAGCACGGCAAAGUGGAGAUCAUCGCCAACGACCAGGGCAACCGGACCACGCCCAGCUACGUGGCGUUCACCGACACCGAGCGCCUGAUCGGAGACGCGGCCAAGAACCAGGUGGCGAUGAACCCGACCAACACCGUCUUCGAUGCAAAGCGGCUGAUUGGCCGGCGCUUCGAUGAGCCGGUGGUCCAGUCCGACAUGAAGCACUGGCCCUUCAAGGUGAUCAGCGACGCCGGCCGGCCCAAGAUGGAGGUGGAGUACAAGGGGGAGGUGAAGACCUUCUACCCAGAGGAGGUGUCCUCCAUGGUGCUCACCAAGAUGAAGGAGAUCUCCGAGGCGUACCUGGGGAAGUCCGUGUCCAACGCUGUCAUCACUGUGCCCGCCUACUUCAACGACUCCCAGCGGCAGGCCACCAAAGACGCGGGGACCAUCGCCGGGCUCAACGUGCUGCGCAUCAUCAACGAGCCGACCGCCGCUGCCAUCGCGUACGGGCUGGACAAGAAGGUGGGCAGCGAGCGGAAUGUGCUGAUCUUCGACCUGGGCGGCGGCACCUUCGACGUGUCCAUCCUGACCAUCGAGGACGGGAUCUUCGAGGUGAAGUCCACGGCGGGCGACACGCACCUGGGCGGGGAGGACUUCGACAACCGCAUGGUCAGCCACUUCAUCGCGGAGUUCAAGAGGAAGCACCAGAAGGACAUCGCGGGCAACAAGCGGGCCGUGCGGCGCCUGAGGACGGCCUGCGAGAGGGCCAAGCGCACCCUGUCCUCCAGCACGCAGGCCAGCCUCGAGAUCGACUCGCUCUACGAGGGAGCCGACUUCUACACCUCCGUCACGCGGGCGCGCUUCGAGGAGCUCAACGCGGACCUCUUCAGGGGCACCCUGGAGCCCGUGGAGAAGGCGCUCCGGGACGCCAAGAUGGACAAGGCUCAGAUCCACGAGAUCGUACUGGUCGGGGGCUCCACCCGCAUCCCCAAGAUCCAGAAACUCCUGCAGGACUUCUUCAACGGCCGGGAGCUGAACAAGAGCAUCAACCCGGACGAGGCGGUGGCGUACGGGGCGGCCGUGCAGGCUGCGAUCCUGGCGGGCGACAAGUCUGACAACGUGCAGGACCUGCUGCUGCUGGACGUCACGCCGCUGUCCCUGGGCAUCGAGACGGCCGGAGGAGUGAUGACCGUCCUGAUCAAGCGCAACACCACCAUCCCCACCAAGCAGACCCAGACCUUCACCACCUACUCAGACAACCAGCCUGGGGUGCUCAUCCAGGUGUUCGAGGGAGAGAGAGCGAUGACCAAGGACAACAACCUGCUGGGGAAGUUCGAGCUGACGGGGAUCCCCCCAGCCCCCCGCGGGGUCCCCCAGAUCGAGGUGACCUUUGACAUCGACGCCAACGGCAUCCUGAACGUGUUCGCGGUGGACAAGAGCACCGGCAAAGAGAACAAGAUCACCAUCACCAACGACAAGGGUGAACCAGCGCCAGCACAGCCCGGGCUUUACCAGACCUCUCUGUGCUUUACAAUGCUUCCAUAUGCUUUACCAGACCCCUCUGUGCUUUACAAUGCUUCCCUAUCCUUUACAAUGCUUCCAUAUGCUUUACCAGACCCCUCUGUGCUUUACAAUGCUUCCCUAUGCUUUACAAUGCUUCCCUAUGCUUUACAAUGCUUCCCUAUGCUUUACCAGACCGCUCUGUGCUUUACAAUGCUUCCCUAUGCUUUACCAGACCUCUCUGUGCUUUACAAUGCUGCCCUAUGCUUUACCAGACCUCUCUGUGCUUUACAAUGCUGCCCUAUGCUUUACCAGACCUCUCUGUGCUUUACAAUGCUUCCCUAUGCUUUACCAGACCUCUCUGUGCUUUACAAUGCGUCCCUAUGCUUUACCAGACCUCUCUGUGCUUUACAAUGCUUCCAUAUGCUUUACCAGACCUCUCUGUGCUUUAUAAUGCUUCCCUAUGCUUUACCAGACCUCUUUGUGCUUUACAAUGCGUCCCUAUGCUUUACCAGACCUCUCUGUGCUUUACAAUGCUUCCAUAUGCUUUACCAGACCUCUCUGUGCUUUAUAAUGCUUCCCAAUGCUUUACCAGACCUCUCUGUGUUUGCAAUGCUUCCCUAUGCUUUACCAGACCUCUCUGUGCUUUACAAUGCUUCCCUGUGCUUUACCAGACCUCUCUGUGCUUUACAAUGCUUCCCUAUGCUUUACCAGACCUCUCUGUGCUUUGCAAUGCUUCCCUAUGCUUUACCAGACCUCUCUGUGCUUUGCAAUGCUUCCCUGUGCUUUACCAGACCUCUCUGUGCUUUACAAUGCUUCCCUAUGCUUUACCACACCUCUCUGUGUUUGCAAUGCUUCCCUAUGCUUUACCACACCUCUCUGUGUUUGCAAUGCUUCCCUAUGCUUUACCAGACCUCUCUGUGUUUGCAAUGCUUCCCUGUGGUUGGCUGGCAGUGCUGACGGUUUUGUUCUGUGCAGGGCGUCUGAGUAAGGAAGACAUCGAGCGGAUGGUGCAGGAGGCGGAUCAGUACAGGGCGGAGGACGAGGUCCAGAGGGAGAAGGU